AUGGCGGCCGCCGUGGAGGAAGCUCUUCAGGGCAGCUGGGACCAGGAUCUAGCCGAGGCUCUGGACUCGGGCAGCUCUGACAUGGAGAUGGAGCGAGGCAUCAUCCAGCUCCCGGAGCAUUCCGUUCAACACAGGGCCAAGAUGUGGAAGAUCGCUCUAAAUGUCUCCGGUAAAGGAGACAGCUUGUCUCCGUGGGACGGCGUUCUCGAUUUACCAGAACAGACCCUCAUUCACAACCGCAGUCAACAGCUUAUCGACCAGCUGGAGGUUUCGGAGGACGAGAGGCGUGACAUGGUGUGUGACGUUGAGUCGGUCAUCACUUUCUACUGUAAGUCCCGUAACAUCUCGUUCAGCCCGGAGAUGAGCUGGCCACAUCUGCUCAAACCGCUGCUGGGGCUUCAGCUUCCACGCAGCGACCUCUACAACUGCUUCUACGCUAUCAUGAACAAACACAUCCCCAGGGAGUGCGUACCAAAAGGCCGGCCCUUCCACCUCUACAGACUCCUGCUUCAGUACCACGAGCCGGAGCUCUGCUCCUUCCUGGACACCAAAAAGAUCACACCCGACUCCUACGCCAUCAACUGGAUGGGCAGUCUGUUCUCCAGCCACUGCCCCCCCGACGUCACCCAGGCCUUGUGGGACUGUUACCUCCAGCAGGCCGACCCCUUCCUCAUCUUCUUCCUCAUGCUCAUCAUCCUCGUCAACGCCAAAGAGGCCGUUCUUACACAAGAAGGAGACAGCAGAGAGGACAUCAUCAAAAUGCUGGAAGAGUCUCCUUCUCACCUGGAAUCGGAGGACGUUGAAGAUCUGUUUUCUCUGGCUCAGUAUUACCAGAGCAAGACCCCUCUGUCUCUCAGAAAGAUGAACCAGAAUCUGUUUGGCAGCAGUCUGGUGGCUCUGAAAGAGGAGGACACUGAUCUGAGUCAGGCGCUGUGUCUCCCCGUGUCCGUCCCCGAGAUCCUGCAGGCCAACCAGCUGCAGCAGGACGGGGUGCGUUUCUUCGUGGUGGAUUGUCGGCCUGCAGAGCAGUACAACGCUGGUCACCUGUCCACGGCCUUCCACCUGGACUCCGACCUGAUGCUCCAGAACCCGUCUGAGUUCGCUCUCUCUGUGAAGUCCCUCCUGGAGGCUCAGAAGCAGUCGCUGGAGUCGGGCUCCAUCGCCAGCGGGGAGCACCUGUGCUUCAUGGGCAGCGGGAGGGAGGAGGAGGACAUGUACAUGAACAUGGUGCUGGCACACUUCCUGCAGAAAAACAAAGAAUAUGUCAGCAUCGCUAAAGGAGGAUUCAUGGCCCUCCAAAAACAUCUGGUGGACAUGAAUAUUGAGGGUCUGGACUCUUCAUACCUCAACUGGAUCGUCAGCACAUCUGGAUCUCACAGCAGCCUCAGCUCCGCCGACGGAGAAUCACUAAUGAGCCCCGGAGACGGGAAAGGUGUGAAGUCUUUGGUCAACAAAAUGACCUUCGCUCUGAAGUCCAAGUCAGUGAACGUAAAGGAGAAGAUGAUCAGCUUCAUCGAGAAUACCUCCACCCCCGUAGACAGAAUGUCUUUCAAUCUGCCGUGGCCAGAGAAGGUGGUUCCAGAUCGACAUGUGAGCAGCAGCGACCGCGUCGGUAAACCGUACCGAGGGGUGAAACCCGUUUUCAGUAUUGGUGAUGAGGAGGAGUAUGAUACAGAUGAGAUCGACAGCUCCUCCAUGUCGGACGACGACAGGAAGGAGAUUGUGAACAUCCAGACGUGGAUCAACAAACCAGACGUAAAGCAUCACAUUCCGUGUAACGAGGUGAAAGAAACCGGUCACAUGUUCCCCAGCCACUUGUUGAUCACAGCCACUCACAUGUACUGCCUGAGGGAGAUCGCCUCGAGGAAAGGCUUCUCCUACAUCCAAUCCAGACAAGCGCUGAACUCCGUGGUGAAGAUCACGUCCAAAAAGAAGCACCCAGAACUGAUCACAUUCAAGUUUGGAACCAACAACUCGGCUGGAGUGGAGAUCUCUGCGGUUGAGAGAUAUUUGAUACCCAACGCCGGCGACGCCACUAAAGUCAUUAAGCAGCAGAUCAUGAAGGUGCUCGACGCUCUGGAGAGCUCGUAGAUGGAGACUGACGGAGGCAGUCGCCGUGACACAAACUGUAAGGAGAGUCUCUGUCCGUCGAGAGUGAAACCUUCUGUCCCGCUCUCCCUCGGCUGUCCUCCCUGCUGGACAGAACCCGUGCAGUGUUGACUGGGAAACCCUGUGUGUCCAGUGUUUUUUUAUGGACACGGUGGACACACUGCCGGCUGCAGGACGAAGGACAGACUGUGUGUGUUGAAAUACUUAGGUGCUCCCGCGGUCAUCCAACCAUUCUCUUACAUUAAGUUAAAUAAUAUUAUUAUACUCUAUGUUUUUGUCAUCUUGGAUAAAAGAUGGGAUCUCAUUAUUGUGCAAUUCUACUUUGGCAACUUCCCUCUGGCUUUAAAGUAGCGUACUGACGGACCUGUUCAAUCACUGCAUGACUGACCUUUUGAUUUAAAGAGACAGUAGAGAUGUUUCAGUGUGCCUCCAUCUGUUAGUCUGUUUGUUAUUGUUUGACUUUGGUGUUUUUAAGAGUUACUUUAAAUUCACCAAAGUCACACAUUAACACAAACGCACUAACAGGUGGAGGCAGCAGUAGAGCAGUAACUCCUGUGUUCUGAGAGGUUAAAUGACUGUUUUUGUCAAUGGAGUCCACUCCAAUACAUCCACAGCAGAACAUUGCUUUGCUCCAUCUACUGUAGUAAAACACUGACUAUGGAGAAGAUCCUCUCUACAAACUACACUUUAAUCAUCUCCAUGCUGACCCAUUUGUUUUAUUGUGAACAUUGCUGCAGCUCAGUCUCUUAGUUUACCUCUCAGAUGAGUUCAAAGCUGAUUCAAUGAUCAUUAUUCUUAUAAAGAAGUGAACAUGAGUCAGCCAGCUCUUCACUUUGAAGAGAAGUUAUACUGCUCCAUAUCAGCACAGACCUUUGGAUUAUUCUGUGAAACUUAAACCAGAUAUUCCUCUUCUUUCUGGAGUCAGACCUCUGAGAGUUUCUGAUCAUUUAUUCUCUGCUUUUACGUAUAAUAUAGAAUUAACCUCACGUCAUAGCGGUCUGAAGUAGCUCUGAGAACACACUGUUCUCAGCCCCUCUGGACCACAGCAACAGGAGCAACAGGAGCUCCGGUGUUCAGUUACUAACAGCCUGAGCACCUCAGUAUUUUUCCCAGGUGAGAUAAAUAUGAAACACCACACUAACCUCCACCUACUUACAAAGAAAAGGUGACUGUAACAAGGACUGAGCUCUACACUUAAAGGCACAGCUUGAAAUGAAUGGAAUGAUAAUUUGUAAAAAGAUAAAGUCAUUAUAUAUA